AUGGUUGCCAUCAAAAACCUCUUUAUCGCCACCCUCAUCUCCAGCGUUAUCGCAACGCCACUGUUAAGUGGUCGCAACGUCCCAGACAUUGAAGUCGAUUCCGUCGCUUCCAUCGAGACCCGAGCUGAAGCUGCCAAAAAUGUGAACGCUGCUGCCACAUAUGGCAACGGUGGAUCAUUCGGAAACGGUGGAGCAUACAAGAACGGAAACAACGGUGGUGGCUUCAACUCUGGCGGUGGUUUCAACUCUGGUGGUGGCUUCAGCUCUGGCAAUGGCGGCGGUAACUGCGACUACUCCGAGAAGAACAGACUCGACCAGGAGAUCCGCAACAGAGAGCGCAUGAAGGACCGUCUCGAUGACGAGAUCCAGAGACGCCAGAAUAUGAAGGACCAGCUUGACCAGGAGAUUCGUCGCAAGCAGAAUGGCGGGUGGUAA